CUCACCAUCCAGAUUCACUCUGAAACAAGGAGUGGAGGUUCACUAGUCUGAGAAGUCGUCCUUGAGAACUGUAAUAUAAGCGAGUGCCCGGGCAACAACAUGAGUCUGUGGACGGAGCGCCGCGGCAUCCACGUGGACCAGUCGGAGCUGCUGUGCAACAAGGGAUGCGGCUACUACGGCAACGCGGCCUGGCAGGGCCUGUGCUCCAAGUGCUGGAGGGAGGAGUACCAGAAGGCUCGGCAGAAGCAGAUCCAGGAGGACUGGGCCUUCGCUGAGAAGUUGCAGAGGGAGGAGGAGGCUGCCUAUGCCAGCAUCCAGCCUCAGCCCCAACCUCAGCCCCAGCCUCAGCCCUCCCUCACCACCUUCUCCAAGUUCGAAGAGAAGAAGACCAAUGAGAAGACCCGCAAGGUGACCACGGUCAAGAAGUUCUUCAGUCCCUCGUCGCGGACCGCCCCUAAGAAAGACCCCUCUGAGAGAGAGGAGAAGGUUCCAGGGGUGCGGGACUGGAGAGGGAUGUUUACCCCUCCCUGGGAAAUGGGUUCCCCCACUGAAGAGAACAAAGAGGGUAAGACUCCAAGCCCCUCCAUUAGCCGGCAGUCCAGCAUAGAGACAGACCGCGCCACCCGAGACUUUGUGGACUUCCUGAAGUCCCUGCCGAAGCCAGGACGGGAGGUCCACAAGCAGAGUCGAGCCUUCGUGGAGAUCAUGGCCAACAAGACGGACGAACUUUAUGCUGGCGAGCUGUCCGAGUGUGUUCAGGACUUCUAUCAAAACCUGUCAGAUCGCCUCAUGACACAUUUCAAAGGCUCGCCAGAGAGCGUGGAGAGAGUGAUGGAUCAGGUGGAGAAGUACAUCAUGACCCGCUUGUACAAGAGCGUCUUCUGCCACAGAACCACCGACGAAGAGGACGAGAAGAAGGACCUGGCCACUCAGAACAGGAUACGGGCCUUACACUGGGUGACCAUCCAGAUGCUGUGUGUACCUGUAGAUGAAGAGAACCCCGAGGUGUCAGACAACGUGGUGAAAGCCAUAACAGACGUCAUCGAGAUGGACUCGAAGCGGGUGCCGCGCGACAAGCUAGCCUGCAUCACGCGCUGCAGCAAGCACAUCUUCAGCGCCAUCAAGAUCACGAAGGACGAGCCGGCCUCGGCGGACGACUUCCUGCCCACGCUCAUCUACAUCGUGCUGAAGGCCAACCCCCCGCGGCUGCAGUCCAACAUCCAGUACAUCACCCGCUUCUGCAACCCCAGCAGACUGAUGACCGGGGAGGACGGAUACUACUUCACCAAUCUGUGCUGCGCCGUAGCCUUCAUAGAGAAGUUGGACGCCCAGUCUCUCAACCUAAGCCCCGAGGACUUUGAGUGCUACAUGUCAGGCCAGGGCUCCCCGCGGCGGAGCGAGUCCGAGGGCGGCCCGUCCACCACCCCGGCAGCAGGCCCUUCCAGCCCCGCCCUGGCCCAGGUCUAUCAGAACCUGGAGCUGCUCUCGGGCCUGGGCAGCCGCCAGGAGCGGGUCAUGGAGGGGGCUCGGAGCCUGCAGAGUGACCUCAUUUCCUGGCAGGAGAGCGUCGAGCGCGAUGUGCAGGAGAUCUUACAGAAGUACCCGUUGGAGAUCCGCCCGCCCGCUCCCUCAGCCAUCGACUCGGACAACAUGGAGAACGACCGGCUACCGCCGCCGCUUCUGCCCCAGGUGUUUGCUGGGUAGUGUAGUUAAGCCCCUCUGGAGACAGUUGGUACCUUUUAGAGAUGAUGACACCUAUAUUUCUGGAACAGUGGUGAGGCCCAAGGACUAGCUGUCUCCUCAGAAAGUCCCAAGUCACUGCUGCUAAACACAUUUUAGUAUAGUUAUGCCUGGGCUUGAUUCCAUUUUAGACCCUUGGCCCUCGCCAGCACUGUAGACACAGAAUUAGUGUGCACAGGUCUGGGAGCACAUCAACAUCACUUGAUAUGUUACCUACCUUCUGAUCUGUGAACAGCGUAAGGUGCUAUGGAAAAGGACUAGGGACCUAAAUGGAACAGGACUAUAAAUCUCUGAAUGCACACACUCCUAUUAGACUGUAUCGGCAAUCUUGAAGCAGCCUGGCAUCAAAGUAUCAGCAAUAUCUCUCUCUUCCCUUCCUGCAAAAAGUUCAUUUUCCUUAGCACUUAGGUGAAGAAAUUGGCUAUUCAGUGCCAGCUAUCUAACCAUUAUGCAUGCAACCAUUGGUCUUGUUACAUUGUCACACCCAAUUUUAGCUGACACAGGGAAAACGUUUUCAAAACGUACCAUUUACUCAUGUUUACAUACCCACCAAAGUCAAAUGUCACGCCGCGACAUUUAGUCAUGACUGCCCAUGUUCUAUAGUACAAACACUCCGGCACAGUUGGAGUGCUGAGGUAUAUUAUCUUUAGACAAAUGCAGAACGACAAAUGCUGACAUCUGCACCCUCGAAGCUACGACCUCUGCAGCUGUUCUCGUUUUGCUUACGCGUGCGCACUUCCCUUUGGUUUGAGUCACUAAAGGUAAAGGUGGAGGAGCUGCUCACCAACAGAGACACGGCGUUCGAGUUGGCUUCAAACUGAAGGUCUUAUGCUUUUAAAUAGGGAACUGCACGUUUGGCAGUAUCUUAAGUUGGUUUUUAGGUGGCAGUCAUUUAGCCUGUUCAGAUAUAUUUUUUUUUAUAUGAACAUUUAUGUAAAUGAUGUUUGAAAUUUGAAGUCUUACUUUAAUCUGUAAGUGGUACUGUGCCUGGGAGCGAUAUUUUACAUGGCCAACAGGGAAUUAUUGUUUCUACUUGUGGAACUAUUGUGCUUGAUAAACAUGUACUUAAGUGGAGAAAUCAGCCUAUUAGAAACUAUAAAAAGGGAUCUUUCUAGAAACUUUGCCUCUCACUCUCCUUGGUUAAGAUCGCCUUAAAUGCAGACCCAUUAAGUUCAACCCUUUAUUAGAAAUGUAGACAUUUUGUCACUGGCACAUUUAUUUGAUCCGAGGUUAAAGCACUGCAGUGUCGAUAUUUAUAAAUUGACUUGAGUGGAUUGAUAAAUGCCCAUGGUAACCUGGCAUUAAACUUGAACACUUUUAAACAAAAUGUUAACUUUUACUUGCGUAAUUUUUUUUAAAGAUAAACAUAUAGUGGAUCUUUUAUCUAAUUUCAGAGAAAUCACAAUACGGUUGGCUGAGACUUGGGGCUCAAACUUUAACAUUCAUUUUGGUAGACUGUCACUGUAUCAUUGGUACUCUACUGUACAUUACAGGUACUGUGGAACACAAUUAAUCUCUGGCUGCUGAUAAGCUUAUGUGUAAAGACGUGUAACGUGUAUGUUUAUGACCACUUAAAAAAAUAAUGCUUAACACAUCCCUAUUUAUAAUGUAAUACAGACUUCAUGCAUUAAUAGAACUAUUGUUGUACUGUGUCUAUUGACGUUGUGCUCGAAUUUUAUUCAUUAAACCUUGAAGUUGCAAAA